GCUGUCUACCCGAGCUCCUCUUCACCCUUCCCCGAGCUCAGUAGCUCAGUCCUUACCCAGCCCGCCGUUCCAUACGCACCAUGGCCCUAGCUUUCCCCCCAACACCUCCCUUGUCUCCGCAGCACAAUCCCAUCCAGCGGGAAGACACGCCCUGCGAAGAUCCCCUCAAGGAUACCAUGUCCCUCCUUGACUCCCUCAUCGCAUACUAUCAACAGGAGAGGAUGUGGGUUUAUCGCACCCGGGCAUCGCUGGAGAACGCGUUCCCUGAAAAACCCACCAGCGACUCGGGGCUGGCCAUGGCCGAGCCUUGUUCUCCUCCACCCGAUCGAGUUGUCGGACUCGCAAAGGUCGAGGACGAUCAUGAUCAAGAAAAGGUGCCAGAGCGACGGCUCUCUGCCCGUUCAGCCACAUCAAGCCCUUCCCGGUGGUCAAAGAGGAAGAAGGGCUUCAAAAUGCGCCUGGAGCUGACCCCGCAACCCAAGCGCAGUCUUUCUGUGUCCAGUGCGUCUUCGAACGGGUCAUCUGGAGAGUUAGGGGACCUUCCACCGAGGGAGCGGCUCCUGGCUAUGUUCGAAAAGAUGAUGGAGACACGCAUGGAAAGUUGCGAACGCGUCAACAAACUCAUUCGAAACGCCAAUCGUGCCCACCUGCAUCUGCGAUAGCGGGCCUUACCUAUAUCAUAGUGAUGAUACCCUUGUUAU